CAUAUCUACAUGUCAUACAAAAUAUAACCAUUUAUAGUUUUGUUUGCUUUCAAAUUUAUUUUUUGUUUACUCAUCACCAAUUAAUCAUCCGCUAUGUAUUAUUUAUAAUUAAAAACCUCAGUACCUAUAAAAAAAAAUACUCAACUGAAAACUCCGCAAAUAAUUGAAAGUCUGCUCAAUGGAAUUAAAUCAUCUCGACAAGGAAUCGAAUCUUCAUAUGAGAAAACUUAGAUCACAAGAACAUGAUCCAAGUGACAACUGUGAACUUGAUGGAGUUUUUCCCAUACCAAACUUCAAUGCUGAUGUUACUGAUGUACCAGACAACAAAGCACUUGUCACUCGAUUUGACAUUUUCUUGAUAUUCGUAUCAAUAAUAACUCAUAUCGUUGAUUUGUGUACUGAUUUAAAUUUAUCAUGGAGAUAUUACGAGAAAGGACAAUUUACAUAUUUUUUUAUCACCACCGCAUUCUUAUUUAUUCCGUCUUUCAUUAAUAUUAUUGUCAGUAUCAGAAUGUAUGAGCAGGACUCAGAGUCGAAGGCAGAGGGAGUAAAAAAGCAAACGCUGGCAAAACGGAUCCUAAAACUAAAACUCUGCUGUCCAUUUAUUCUCGUGUUCCAAUUAGCGCCGGUGCUGCGUUAUUUUGACUGUCUUAAAUACGCCUGCCAGUCGUAUCAGUGCCGUAAAGAUAAAGACAAUUAUGGACAAAAAAAAUAUUAUGUUAAAAUGUUAAAAGAGGAGCAAGAUAUCUCACUACUGAGAGUCUUUGAAUGUUUUUUGGAAGCUGCUCCUCAUCUGGUACUUCAGUUGACUCUUAUUAUUUACAGUUAUGAUGGCAAUGUUACUGUUGACUCUAUUUUUUUCCACCAAUUAAUCAGUAUUAUAAGUUCUCUGGGCAGCAUGGGCUGGGCGAUGUCCAGUUAUCACAGGAUAAUUAGAUUAGCACAAGGUGAUAAAGAGAAUAUUAAUUGUGCUGGUCAAGCAAUACAAUUUCUUUGGCAUUUUUUUAUUACUGUAUCAAGAAUAGUAUCAAUAAGUGCAGCAGCAGCAAUAUUUACCAUCUACACAACAAUAUUUUGUUUCAUCCACUGGUUUAUAAUGACACUGUGGAUCCUAAGUAAACCAGCAGGAGUAAUACAAUUCUGCCGGAAUCAAAGCAGAGAUCCACACACACCAAUAACUAUUUACGAGCGAAUUGGCUACCAUUUAUUUUCCGCAAUACUCGGCGUAGUUUACGUCUUCACUUACUUGAAACCAGCAGAGGGUGCGACAUUUUACAAGCACAUAUUUUAUUACACAAUAUGCGGAAUCGAGAACGUGUCCGCGUGCAUCGUCUGGGCGAUCGCCGACUACAAGACUGUAUUAUUUUUACGCUACUACAUACUCGUUAUUUGUUUAUGUAUUGUGCCAUUCGUGCUGGGGAUCAUCUGUAUGAUUGUUUAUUACAAAUUUUUCCACCCUACUCUCUCUAAAAACUCGCAAGUGCCUCAGGCGACUAGACAGUCUGAUUCAUUAAAUAUUUAAAUGUAUUUUACAUUCUAUUAAUAAUUAAAAUUUUUAUACUAACAUUUAAAGUUGCAUUUAUGAUACGUAAACUCAUGCAUUUACAUUUUACAUACAAAUAUUUUUAUAUUUUUAUAUAUAAAAUAAAUAUACACAGUAGACUGAUUCAAAAAAAUCGACUAAUUUUUUUUUUCUUUAUUAUAUCGAAAAUAUUGUUGGAAAUGACGUAAAAAAAAUACUGUGGAAGUUUGAGCUCUUAAUAUUAAUAUUAACAACUGCCGCAUCGCGAUUUUCUAUUUCCCGUUUAAAUAACGUGGGAAAAUUUAUUUUUUAAGCUUUGGAAUUUUGUAGCUCUCGGUGGGACCAAUACUUUUGAAUGUUCAAGACAUAUUCUUAUGGGAAAUUUGACGCUCUACAAAAAAGGUCUCUUAUAAUUUUUCGAUAUUUUUAUUUCUUCAAAAGUAAUUCGAAGUUAAAAUUAGAUUGACGAUAAAUUUUUACAUUUUUUAAAUUUUUUGACGCAACCAUCAACUUUAUCCGAAAAUUUUAGAGGACAUUUUUUGUAGAGCAUUUUAUUUCCUACAACUUAUCUCAGAGAAAAUUUUCGAUAUUUCACUUAAGUCGUGUGUUAUCCGCAAUUAACUGAAAAUUUUCUUAAAUAAUCUAAAUUUUGUUGCUUAAAAUUAAUUACAUUAAAUUUUCAGUUAAUUGCGAAUAACUUACGACUUAUGAGAAAUAUCGAAAAUUUUCUCCGAGAUAAGUUGUAGGAAAUAAAAUGCUCUACAAAAAAUGUCCUCUAAAAUUUUCGGAUAAAGUUGAUGGUUGCGUCAAAAAAUUUAAAAAAUGUAAAAAUUUAUCGUCAAUCUAAUUUUAACUUCGAAUUACUUUUGAAGAAAUAAAAAUAUCGAAAAAUUAUAAGAGACUUUUUUUGUAGAGCGUCAAAUUUCCCAUAAGAAUAUGUCUUGAACAUUUGAAAGUAUUGGUCCCACCGAGAGCUACAAAAUUCCAAAGCUUAAAAAAUAAAUUUUCCCAUGUUAUUUAAACGGGAAAUAGAAAAUCGCGAUGCUGCAGUUGUUAAUUUUAAUAUUAAGAGCUCAAACUUUCACAGUAUUUUUUUUUUUGUCAUUUCCAACAAUAUUUUCGAUAUAAUGAAGAAAAAAAAAAAAUAGUCGAUUUUUUUGAAUCAGUCUAAUACGCAAUAUAACUGACGCAGUGCGACGAAGUACAAAAAACGCAGGUCUGAUACUUGAAGGAACUCGGGUUCGAAUCCCGGCCUCGGUUUAAAUUCAUGUCAGACGACUAAACUAUAAAAAUAAAUUCAAUUCCCUAUUGAUUUUAAAUAUACAACAUAUAUAUGUGAUAUUUACUACCGGAAUUAAUGGCCAAACUUUUGAUAAAUAAAUAAGUCUGAAAAAUCCAUGACCCCUCUGAUUUUUUUUUAACUUAAAAAAAU